UUCAGGAGUCGGGUUGGUCCUCAUUCUUAGUGUACAAUCUUUCAUCUGUACCUGGGAAGUGACCUUGUCCAGCCAGGGUGGUUAUUUAAGCGAGACUCGACCGCGAAUCGAACGACAACCUCGCCGCGAGUGACAUCAACGGUUGACCGCCCGCCUCUCCUACCGCCAAAUACCCUUUUAGCUUUACGCAGGCCGGUUCGUCACAAGUGCGUACCAACAAUGGCCUCCACUCUUCAGGUCAACGGCAAUGGCCGGCCCAGCAACAUCAAGCAUCCUUCCGCCCCGUCCCUGAUGAUGAACUCCCACUUCGCAUCUGUCGGCGAGGAGGCCUCCAAGGAGGCUUACGAACAUGGCAUUCAGGUCAUCGACGGGGACAAGCUGUUCAAUGAACACUUGUCUACUUACCUCAACAUCGAGAAGGUCAUCCCGGCCGGAUUCAAUUAUCACCUCAUCUCCGUAUUUGGUUCGCAGUCCACCGGUAAAUCGACGCUUCUCAACUACCUAUUUGGCACACAGUUCGGUGUUAUGUCCGAGCAGGAGCGCCGGCAGACUACAAAAGGAAUAUGGAUGAGCAAGAACAAGCGCGAAGGAGGCGGCAGCGGCAUGGCGGAGAACAUCCUCGUCAUGGACGUCGAAGGCACAGACGGUCGCGAGCGCGGAGAAGAUCAGGAUUUCGAACGGAAGAGUGCUCUCUUUGCUCUAGCCACCAGCGAAGUGCUCAUCGUCAACAUUUGGGAGCACCAGGUGGGGUUGUAUCAGGGGGCAAACAUGGGUCUGCUGAAGACCGUUUUCGAGGUUAAUCUGCAGCUUUUCGUCAAGGACAGCAGGACCAUUCCCCGAUCCCUUCUAUUCUUCGUCAUUCGUGAUCAUCUAGGCACUACGCCACUCAAGAACCUCCAGAACACCCUUUUGCAAGACCUUUCAAAGUUAUGGUCUACAAUUUCCAAACCUACGGGCCUUGAUAACUCACGCAUUGAAGACUAUUUCGACUUCGCCUUCGUGGCGCUCCCGCACAAGAUCCUACAACCCGAGAAGUUCGAGGCCGAGGUACAGAAGCUAGGAACCAGGUUCCGGGAAGGAUACAAUGACCCGAAGAAGAGCGGACUUCUUGACGAAGCGGAUUUGCCCAUAUUUCUACCACAGUACCACCGCAGGAUUCCUGCUGAUGGUUUCGCUGUCUACGCCGAGGGCGUGUGGGAUCAAAUCGUCAACAACAAGGAUCUAGACUUGCCGACCCAACAGGAGCUCCUUGCUCAAUUCCGAUGCGACGAGAUUUCGCGAGAAGUUCUCAUCGCCUUCGACGAGGUUAUCACCCCUCUUGAGGAGAAACAAGCAGAAGAUGCACGGAUGGGCAAGCCGGCCCUGCUCCCUGACCUAGGCCCAGCAAUGAAUACAGCAAGGGGGAAAAUCUUCCAGGAUUUCGAGACCAAUGCCAGCCGAUACCACAAGGGUGUCUACACCCGCAAGAGGGCAGAACUUGAAAGCAAGGUUGAUUCAAGGCUAAAAGCCCUCUCACAAAAGCAGCUCUCUGCAGCACACAAGUCUGGCGUCGAAACGUUCAGCAAUGCAGUUAGCGCAGCUGUUAAAGGUGGCCAGAAGAAGGGCGCAUCUUAUGACUUCGCUCAAAUUGUCGAGACGGAGAAGGGCAAAGCUCUCUCCAAAUUCGAGGCCGAUGCUCAAGCGAUUGCGAUCGAAGGUGCAAGCUGGUCUAGCUACACACAAGAAUUGAAAUUGUACCAGAAGGACUUGGAUGAGGUUUCCUCUCGAUUGCGAAAGGAGGAGAUGCGCCGCCUCGCCACUCGUGUCGAGCGCUGGGUACGAUCUCGCCUCGAUGAGUCUGUCGGAUUGGAGUUCAACAAGCUGGGAAGUGGUCGUGGAGGCUCUGGUGCCCCUGAACAUGGUGAACGACCACCCUCUGAGAAGGACCUUUGGGAUCGCGUCUGGAACAUCUUCACCGACACCGUCAGUGACGCGGAAAAGCGCUUCACAGACCGAGCCCAGAGCUUCGAUGCCAGCCCGGAGGAGGUCGAAGUCGGUUUAUGGCGGCUGCGACGCAAGUCCUGGGCAGUCCUUCGUGCAAAGAUUGACGAAGAAGUCAUGGAGGGCAACAUCUUGUUGAAGCUCCGAGAGAACUUCGAAGACAAGUUCCGAUACGAUGAGAGUGGUGUUCCCAGGAUAUGGCGACCGACCGAUGACAUCGAGGGACUGUACACGAAAGCGAGGGAGUCGACCAUCACUCUGAUUCCACUCCUGUCUCGGUUCAAAUUGUCCAAGACAGCUUCUCCGCCCCCGUUGGAUGCGUGGAUAGGAAAUGCGCCGCCAUCCGUCUCUCCAGCUGAUGAAGAAGAUCUUACGCCAAUUGGUGGCGUUGAUGAAGACGAGGGCAAGAGCCUGGAAGAGGAGAUGACGAUCUUGAGUGACGCCAAGCAAGCAGACCUCCUUGUCCGCUUCAAGAAGACUGCAGAUGGCGUCUAUGUUGAGGCUAAACGUAGUGCGAUCGGUGGCAUGACCCAAGUACCGUUGUACUUUUACGGUCUCUUGCUUGCAUUGGGCUGGAACGAGAUAGUAGCCGUUCUUCGCAACCCCCUGUAUUUCAUCUUCCUCAUCCUUGCUGGUGUAGGUGCCUAUGUCACUUAUACCCUCAACCUUUGGGGUCCUAUGGCACGCAUGGCCGAUGCCGCCAGCAGACAAGCCGUCGACAUCGGCAAAGAGCGUCUCCGCGAAUUCCUCGAGUCGUCGGAUACCGGACGCCAGGCCAUGGCCAUGUCCAGCCAACAGGGCGGUCGCAGGCAGCGCGAUUACGAUGAGGUCAGCAUGGACACCCUCAAUGAGGACGGCACGAAGAAGCGCAAAGACGAAGAUGACCUCGAUGACAUCUAAUCUCUCUGCCCCUCCGAUAGCUGCAAAAAGUCGCCCUUGGCCAUGGUUGAAUAUGUGGACAGGGUGUGGUGUUAUUCUUACGAUAAUGAAAGUUGCUUGGGAACAGAUUCUCUUGGGUGGCUAGAUAUGUUGUGUUCGGACGGAUACUGAUUCCUGAAUACCUAGUGCACACUGCUGUGCAUAACCAAUAGAAACGAAAUGAAACCAUUCUUUCCUCC